AUACUUAUAGGCCCUCUACGUUCUACGUUUGUUCACUUCUGAUUUGCUGAGGGGAAGGAAGCUGACGCAAAAUGGUGAGAGCCAGCUUAGUUCUGUGUUUUCUGGUUGUCCUCGGUGGAGUUCAGGGUGGCGCACGGUUUUGACGGGAUUCGUCACAAAAACGGGGAACUGACAAAGACGUCCGCAGGCCUUGACUACGCCCAAUUUCUACUGACAAACUUCGGUAGGCCAGACGUCCCCCAUAUCCUGAUCACCAUCACAGACGGAGUGUCCAACAACCGGGCUGAGACUGCCAGAAUCGCAAACGUCACUCGACAUGAAGGGAUUGAAAUCUUUGUUAUUGGAAUCGGCAGACUGGACAAAGUCCAGCUAAAAGAAAUCGCCAGUCAGCCGUACAGCGAUCACCUGUUUACGGUCACAGGGUUCUUGCAACUCUCCUCUAUCUCCGGUCUGGUGAGACAAAAGACUUGUCCUGCUACCGGUCCUACCGUUAUACCCAGUGACCAGGCAGCUGCAGAGAAAGCUUGCCAUCAGAAGCCAGCGGAAGUGGUGUUUGUAUUGGACGUGUCCAGCAGUAUCUUCAUGUUGGACUUUACGAAACUACUCACCUUUGUAUCAAACCUUAUUAAAUUGUUUGACAUUGGCAGACACAAGACCAGGGUCGCUGCCGUCUCCUUCAGCACCAACGCUACCGUGGAGUUCCAUCUUGACGAGUAUUAUGAUCAGAAGGACGUGAGAGUUCACGUGGAGAAGAUUCGCUACACUGGAGGUGUCACCAACACAGACGAUGCCCUCAAACUGGUCAAGAACUCGGUGCUCACCCCAAAACAUGGCGUCAGUCCAGGUGCUGGUAUAUGUAUCGGCAUCACUUUUGAGAAGAGUAUCGGCCAAAUUUCUGCUCCUUUUGACACCGUGCAUGCUUAUGCCCGUGUUAAUGACUGUGCUCACCCUUUCUCCACGUAA